CCUUCGCUACGCUCCGGUCGAUUAGUAAGUUCAGCACAGUACGUUUAGCAACAAAGCUACUGGCUUACGAAGUUUUACUAAUUGAUUUAAUAAUAUGAUUGUUCUGGCUCGUAUGCUUGCAACAAUAGUUUCUCCACGUGGUAUUUAUUUUUUAAAUUUGCAAUAAACUCAGUCGUCCGAUUGUACUUCAGCUAUGGCAGUAAAUUUUGUAUUAUUUUUCAUGCAACACCCACUUUUGUUUGAGGUGACAGUGGGCUGGAAAUUUGCAUUAUUAGGAACACUGGUUUUUGCUACCAUAGAAAGAGGAACUUCUAUCAAAUGCUAUGAAUGCCAGUACGCGUUCGGAGAGGUUCCUGAUUAUCCCAGUCAAAACUUAAAAAACUGUCUUGACACCAGAAUAAAAGAUUGUGGGUCAUCCACCAACCAUUGUGCUUUUACAACUGUAGUGUAUACAAAAUCAAAACAGUAUGAGGUGAACGUCCAGAAGUGUGGAAGUGGGACCUUAACUCCAAAUAGCCUAAACUGUGCUCCCUUCAUGGAUAACUCGUUUGGAGACGGUGCUACUGCUACAGAGUGCAAAUGCGCUGGAAAACCUGUUAAAUGCUAUGAAUGCGCAUACGCGUCUGGGGAUGUUCCUGAAGCCUGGAAUGACAUAAAGACAAACUGUCUCAAUAGCAAAACGACAGAUUGCGACGCAACCACUAACCAUUGCAAAAGUGCGACUGUAGCGUACACAACACCAAAAGAAUUCCAGAUUAACAGCCAAGGUUGUGGACGAGCGAAUUUAACUCGAGAUGACAUGAAGUGUGUUCCAUUAAUCAAAAACCGUGAAAGUGGAAAUGCUACAUCGUGCAGCUGCAUUGGUGACCUAUGCAACUUAAUUAUAAUACCAAGUUCAACUGAGCCGUAUGGACGCCACGCGUAUCCUCGACAGACAACCCGGAAACAUCGACUUUAUUGGCGAUGUUGCCGCCACACCAAAAACCACCAAUUGUCGAAGCGGAAUCUGCAGCCAGUGCAUUAUGAGUGCAGCUGUGCUGCAGAUCCGUCAAAACAGCUGGAAAUCUGCGGAGUGGAAAUCUCCAAGAAACAGCGAAUAGCAGAAGUGAGGGAUGAGUCAUGGCCAUACGUAAGCCCGCCCUUACACUUCGCACCUUAUAAAAAAAACGCGAAGCUUACAGUUACAGACAACACCACUACAAGCAACCUUAUAACAGAAACGAUGAAUGCAGCGACGGUACCCCUACUGAGCACCAUGUUUGUGCCGGUUUUCUGCCUGAUUCACUAUGGUCCAAAAACUGGUAUUCAACAUUUUCGCUUCUCUUGCUGAGUAUGCGGGAUGCGGGUUGAUGUGGCCGUGGGUGGCAAGCGGGUACGAACCCAAUGGUCUUGAAUUCCUGAAAGAUAUUUUCCUUUCCUUCAUUUUUCAACCUGUUUCCGGCUUCCUUGCCACGGUGAUUCUUCGUGUUGCCGACUCAGGCGACUAGCAAGUUUCGCACUUUUUCUUGUGAAGGACGUUUUUACUGAACAAACAUGGAGUAGACUGGUCAAUUUCUUUCUUUCUUUCGCGAUUAACGUUAUAACUGUUUUACAAUAGCAUCUUUUAAAUUCCUUCUGUGUUGUCCACAACGAUUGUGUUGACUGUUAAGGACCGUUAUCGGAAUUAUACUGGUCUUCUUAGAAUGUAAUCUGGUGCAUUUCAGAAGCGGCUUCCCGAUUUCUCUAAAUUUUCGCCUAAUAAAGAGAUGGUCCGCAAACUGCCGAUGA